AGCCAAUCGGAAUAGAAAACAUUUAUCCAGAGUUCCAUGUCGAAAAAAUGUAGAGAAAAGUACGAAGCAGAUCAUCCACAAGCUUCCAAGUUAUUGCAAGAGAACACAUGCAAUUGAAUCCCACCACAGAGAAGGACCCCCUUGACCCCUUGCUGGGGUUUCUCCCCCUCAAGAUCCUCUCCUUUCUGCCUGAAGUUUACACACCCUCCUAUCCAACCACCCACAGACACUUUUCAGGCUAUCUAUUGUAGCCUUUACUUAUUCUGUAAGCCACUCUCUCUACCAGUCUGCUACCCCAUAGGACAUCCAUAUAGAAGAUGUCAGAGCCAGAAUUAUUAACAGAGGUCCCUGCUUCACUGAAGCGCCUGGCCAAGCAGGUAGUGCGGGGCUUCUACGGGGUGGAGCAUGCCCUGGCUCUGGAUGUCCUUAUCCGCAACCCCUGCGUCCGCGAGGAGGACAUGCUGGAGCUGCUUAAGUUUGACCGAAAGCAGCUGCGCUCAGUGCUCAAUACGCUCAAGGGCGAUAAGUUCGUCAAGUGCCGCAUGCGGGUGGAGACGGCUCCCGACGGCAAGACCACGCGUCACAACUACUACUUCAUCAACUACCGCCUGCUGGUCAAUGUGGUCAAGUACAAGCUGGAUCACAUGCGGCGGCGCAUCGAGACGGAUGAAAGGGACUCCACCAACCGGGCGUCGUUCCGAUGCCCCUGCUGCUUCAGCACCUUCACUGACCUGGAGGCCAAUCAACUGUUUGACCCCAUGACAGGGACGUUUCGCUGUACGUUCUGCCAGACGGAGGUAGAGGAGGACGAGUCUGCGGUGCCCAAGAAGGAUGCCAGGACCCUGGUGGCCCGUUUCAAUGAACAAAUCGAGCCCAUAUACGUGCUGCUGCGUGAGACCGAGGACGUCCACCUAUCAAACGACCUGCUGGAGCCCGAACCUGCCGAGAUCCCCGCCCUCAAACAGAGCCGGGACCGUGCGGCGGCGGCAGCGGGUGCAGCUGCCGGCGGUCCCCACCGCGAGGCCUGGUCCACCAAGGGCUCGUCCUACGCCGACCUGUACACCCAGAACGUGGAGAUCAGCAUGGGGGAGCAGGAGGAGCAGCAGCAGCGCCGGCAGGCCAGCGAGGGGAAGGCCCCAAGGGAGAGACCCGUGUGGCUGACGGAGAGCACUGUGCAUGGAGGAACGUACAGCGAGCCAGACCCACUCAAGAACUCCGGAGACGACGCGGGAGGAGCCCAGGUGGGCGUGGUCGGGCUCGGCGGCGGCCAAUCGGACGAGAAUGAGGAAGUGAUGCGCGCCCUGCUCAUUCAUGAGAAGAGGAGCGGUGCCGGGCCGGCAGGAGGCGGAGCCGUAGCGGCAGGAGGCGGAGGCGUAGCGGCAGCCAGGGGCAGCGACUCGGAGAGCGACACCAGCGAAUCAGACGAGGACUCUCCCACGGCUCCGCCGCCUGUGGCAGCGGCCCAGCGGCGGCCGAUGGGCAUGGAGAUGGAGGAGGAGGAGGAGGAUGAUGACGAGUUUGAGGAGGUGGGGGCCGAUGAGUCCAUGGUGAUGGUGGGGGGGCGGUCGUUCUCCUAUCGGGAGGUGAGCCAGAGGCCAGAGCUAGUGGAGAAGAUGAGCUCUCAGGAGAAAGAGGCCUACAUCGAGAUGGGACAGAACAUCUUCCAAGAGAUGUAUUUCUGACUGAAAUCACACAGACACUCACGUACACAGCCUCUGUCUGUCUGUCUGUCUCUCUCUCUCGCUCUCUCUCUCUCUCGCUCUCGCUCUCUGUCGUGUGUCCUUCACCCUCUCGUCUUCUCCCUUCGAAGAGGGAAAACAAGAUGUCACUCUAGUUCCAAUUCUGUUCUAGAGACCAGACUGCCUAUUGCCAUGACAGGUGUGUUCGUCUGGCAAGUCAGUCAGACUCGGCUCCACCAGUCAGUGUUUCCUCCCAGUAUUACAGAAACUGAAUGUUACAGCACACUCCUCCAGUGUUGCUCUGUAACCACAGCAUGAUGCCUAGUGAAGACACACACACUGCCUCCCCUCUCAUCCUGUCUCUACCUCCUGUACCCAUUACUAAACAGGAACAGAGUUGAAGAUCUGGGAACCUGUCCAGGAAAACAAGUCACACGGACUCACGCACACACAGUUGCCAACCAGUUCAUUAGACCACAGUAGACCACACCGUUCCUUUUCUCUCCCAGUGCUCCUCCAACCUUAUGGCUCUCAGGCUCCACACUUUGUCAAUUCUUUACUGUUCUCAGGGCGAGCUGUUUAUUAUUCAUUUCUCUUCUCCUCGCCCCUCUCGUUUUCCGUCUACCCACACACACACACACACACACACACCCGCUCCCUCUUUAUUUGCAUCCGAUUGAGAUGCUUUUUUGGGGGGGGGGGGGCUUCCUCCACAAGGAAAGAGACAACUCUGGAGCGAAUAAUACUGGCUUUGAUGUUACCGCGGUAACCCCCGGGACGGGGUGACCUGCUCAAACGCGGAGGCACCCCCCAUAGCGAGGCCUUUAGCGGUGGCGUGGGGAUGACAUUUGCAGAGCAUGUGGCUUUUUCCCUCCAAAAUGUGACCGUAUAUGACAGUGUCUCUGUCGCUGUGUGAGACACAGUACCACUCCAACCUUCAACUCUCUGCUUCUGAUGAUUUUUUUCACUGUUUUUUUUUUUUAACAGAGCAGUAUUUACCUGUUAGGGAAGAACUACCAUAUACUGUGUAAAGAGAUUGAGAAGAAAACAAUUGUAAUUCAAUGUUUUCUUUUAAAGAGCGGGUAUCCUUAUUGAAUUCUAUGCUGGCAAAGGGGCCAAGAGUGUCUCAUUUUCAUUUUUUGGCUAAACAUGAACAUGGACUAUGUUAAAUUUCUCUUUGCUUUUCUUUACUAUGGUUUUGACCUUUGCCCUUUUGAGUUGUACCACCUCCCCACCACUAGGCUCCGCCACAUCUUUAGUUGGGCCUGUCAAUGAAGAGCCACUUGCCUAACGUUUUAAGUUCAUUGAUUUGUAAAGGUACAACAUUAAAGCAGAUGAUACUUUUGAGGAUUCCA